AACUGCUGAAAACCAAUUUAAACCGCCUGUUUGCUACUUCCUGGUUGUUUGUGUUCCUCGAGGAGAAGUCGCUCGUGCGGUUAGGAUCCCAACUCAACGGAGUCGCCGAGGGAGGAGGAAGGGAGGAAGGGAGGAAGGGAGGAAAAGUUUUGAAGCUCGGAACUCCGUGAUUCUCAUUCCUCCAUUUUGAACUUUUUUUAAAACUACAGUUGCAGCCCGUGGAUUGUUUUUCACAUUCACCAUGACGAACAUCAACACGGCCAACAUCAACUUCAAAUGGGACCCAAAAAGUCUCGAGAUUCGUACUCUGGCCGUGGAGAGGCUGCUGGAGCCCCUGGUCACGCAGGUCACCACGUUGGUGAACUCCAGCAACAAAGGCCCGUCCAACAAGAAGAAAGGGCGCUCCAAGAAGGCUCACGUCUUGGCGUCGUCGGUGGAGAACGCCACCCAGAACUUCCUGGAGAAAGGAGAAAAGAUUGCAAAGGAAAGUCAGUUCCUAAAGGAUGAGCUGACUGCUGCCGUGGAAGACGUGCGCAAGCAAGGCGAGUCGAUGCGCCAGGCUUCUGGAGACUUUGCCGAGGACCCGUGUUCCUCGGUGAAGAGGGGCAACAUGGUCCGGGCCGCCAGAGCCCUGCUGUCGGCCGUCACUCACCUGCUGGUGCUGGCCGACAUGUCGGACGUCUACAAGCUGCUGCUGCAGCUGAAGCUGGUGGAGGAGAGUCUGGUGAAAGUGCGUAACGCCGGAACGGAGCAGGACCUGGGGAUCCAGUACAAGGCCCUGAAACCAGAGGUGGAUAAGCUGAACAUGAUGUCCGCCAAGAGACAGCAGGAGCUGAAAGACAACCACCACAAGGACCAGAUGGCGGCUGCCCGCGGCGUGCUGCAGAGGAACAUCCCCAUGCUGUACACGGCGUCCCGCGCCUGCCUGCAGCACCCCGACGUGGCGGCCUACAAGGCCAACCGGGACCUGAUCUUCAAGCAGCUGCAGCACGCCGUCUCCGGCAUCUCCAACGCCGCCCAGGCCACGGCCUCCGAGGACUCGGCCCUCAACCAGCCGGCCGGCGGCGGAGAGCUGGCCUACGCCCUCAACAACUUUGACAAACAAAUCAUCGUGGACCCGCUGGCGUUCAGCGAGGAGCGCUUCCGCCCCUCCCUGGAGGAGCGCCUGGAGAGCAUCAUCAGCGGCGCCGCCCUCAUGGCCGACUCCUCCUGCACGCGCGACGACCGCCGCGAGCGCAUCGUGGCCGAGUGCAACUCCGUGCGCCAGGCUCUGCAGGACCUCCUGUCCGAGUACAUGGGCAACGCGGGGAGGAAGGACCGGAGCGACGCCCUGAACACCGCCAUCGACCGCAUGACCAAGAAGACCAGAGACCUCCGCAGACAGCUGCGUAAGGCCGUGAUGGACCACGUCUCCGACUCCUUCCUGGAGACCAACGUGCCGCUGCUGGUCCUGAUCGAAGCCGCCAAGAACGGCAACGAGAAGGAGGUGAAGGAGUACGCCCAGGUGUUCCGCGAGCACGCCACCAAGCUGAUCGAGGUGGCCAACCUGGCGUGCUCCAUCUCCAACAACGAGGAGGGCGUGAAGCUGGUGCGCAUGGCGGCGUCUCAGCUGGAGACUCUCUGCCCUCAGGUGAUUAAUGCGGCGCUGGCCCUGGCUGCCAAGCCCAACAGCAAGGUGGCCCAGGACAACAUGGACCUGUUCAAGGAGCAGUGGGAGAAGCAGGUCCACGUGCUCACCGACGCCGUCGACGACAUCACGUCCAUCGACGACUUCCUGUGCGUGUCCGAGAACCACAUCCUGGAGGACGUGAACAAGUGCGUCAUCGCUCUGCAGGAGAAGGACGUGGACGGUUUGGAUCGCACCGCCGGCGCCAUCCGGGGCCGCGCCGCCCGGGUCGUCCACGUGGUCACGUCCGAAAUGGACAACUAUGAACCCGGCAUCUACACGGAGAAGGUCCUGGAGGCCACCAAGCUGCUCACCAACAGCGUCAUGCCGCGGUUCACGGAGCAGGUGGAGUCCGCGGUGGAUGCCCUGAGCGCCAACUCCUCGCUCCCCGUGGACGAGAACGAGUUCAUCGACGCGUCGCGCCUCGUGUACGACGGCAUCCGAGACAUCCGCAAGGCCGUGCUCAUGAUCAGAACUCCGGAGGAGCUGGACGACUCCGACUUUGAGACCGAAGACUUCGAUGUGCGCAGCAGGACCAGCGUGCAGACGGAGGACGACCAGCUCAUCGCCGGGAAGAGCGCUCGGGCGAUCAUGGCCCAGCUGCCCCAGGAGCAGAGGGCGAUCAUCGCCGAGCAGGUGGCGAGCUUCCAGGAGGAGAAGAGCAAGCUGGACGCCGAGGUCUCCAAGUGGGACGACAACGGCAACGACAUCAUCGUGCUGGCCAAGCAGAUGUGCAUGAUCAUGAUGGAGAUGACCGACUUCACCAGGGGUAAAGGGCCUCUGAAGAACACCUCUGAUGUCAUCGGCGCCGCCAAGAACAUCGCCGAGGCCGGAUCGCGGAUGGACAAGCUGGGCCGCGCCAUCGCCGACAACUGCCCCGACUCCACCUGCAAGCAGGACCUGCUGGCCUACCUGCAGCGCAUCGCCCUGUACUGCCACCAGCUGAACAUCUGCAGCAAGGUCAAGGCCGAGGUGCAGAACCUGGGAGGAGAGAUGGUCGUGUCCGGGCUGGACAGCGCCAUGUCCCUCAUCCAGGCCGCCAAGAACCUGAUGAACACCGUGGUGUCCACCGUCACAGCCCUGUACGGGCUCCGCACUGGGCACCAGAAGAACAAGAACAUGGAGGCCCUGAACAUGCCCGCCAUCUCCUGGAGGAUGAAGGCGCCCGAGAAGAAGCCGCUGGUGAAGCGCGAGAAGCAGGACGACGGGCAGGGCAACAAGGUCAAGAGGUCGUCUCUGAAGAAGCAGGUCAACCCGGUGCAGGCGCUGAGCGAGUUCAAGGCCAUGGACAGCAUCUAGAGGGGUCCAGAGUCCUCCUGGAGUCCUCUCCCAGAGUCCUCUCCCAGAGUCCUCCUGGAGUCCUCUCCCAGAGUCCUCUCCCAGAGUCCUCUCCCAGAGUCCUCUCCCAGAGUCCUCUCCCAGAGUCCU